AUGCUUUCGCACUCGCAUAUUCUCAAUCCAAUUGAUGCCGGCCUCCUGAUCAUCGUCGGCUCCGGCGCGAUCUCGGCACUUUUGAUCGCGCGUAUCUGCCCGAGCGUCUCUCCGCUAUCGGUACCCUAUCCGGAAACGGCUGCUCGAGAACUUCAGACCUGCAUGACGAGGGAUCCGGAACCUUCGGCGAAAGAAUUCGGUUCCUUUCACUUCCAAGCCACGCAGCUCGACGCCAUCGGUUUAGCGCUUCUGAACUCACCCGAAGGUCUGGCUGCUGAUAUCAAGGGACACUUAUCAACGGGGACAUCCGAGGAGAAUUUGGACCCCGUGAAUCACGAUUGGGGUCAUCAAAUAAAUGAUGUUCUGCCAAACGUCAUGAUCUUCUCCGUUUCGAGAUCGGCUUCGACCGGCACACGCUUCUGCAAAGAGAAUGUCCUCGCGGGAUCAGGUGUGAUUUUGGCAGCUCUGUUCGCGCGCGUCGACUUCGUCUCGGGUCCUCUAUCGCUUCCUGACACCGUCUAUUGGGGCCCAAUAAGAGUUCCCAGGGGCAGCACUCCACCGAAGGACGACGAAACCAUCCACGAAUUCACCGUCGAGUAUGGCGCUGAUCUGAUCGCGGGACUCCGGGAGCAAAUAAAGAACACACGGUGGGUGGAGCCGGUGGAAAACUCUGCUUAUCACUACGGAGUCAAUCUGGGAUCUUUCCGGGAUGUUAUGGAAUACUGGAGAACCGAGUUCGACUUCAACAAAUCACUCGCCGAGAUCAACGCCUAUCCGCAUUACAGGACCGAAAUAGAGGGCCUGAAAAUUCACUUUUUCCGGAGCACGGUGGAACCACGAUCGGCGGAUGUCGAAGUCGUACCGCUGAUGUUGAUCCAUGGCUGGCCCGGAUCAUUUGCAGAGUUCCUGAAAGUCGUUCCUCUAUUGAAGGAAGUGAAAGAUGGCAUUGCCUUCGACAUUGUGGUGCCUUCGCUUCCCGGAUACGGAUUCUCGGAGGCGCCGACUAAGAGCGGCGUCGACGUAGCGGUGGCAGCUCGAAUACUGAAGAAACUUAUGGCUCGUCUCGGGUACUCCCGGUAUUUCGUGCAGGGCGGCGACUGGGGUAGCUUCGUCACCGCAGCUAUGGGCACCCUCUAUCCAGAAGACGUGAGGGGAAUUCACCUGAACCUGCUUUUGUCGGUCCCGUCGUCCCUUAUGUCUAUCACGAAGUUCCUGCUUCUGAAAGCCUUCCCGGGACACUUCAGCGACGGCCCCAUGCCGCCUUGCAUGUCCGUCGACGUCAAGUCUCAGCUCCACGAAUCUGGUUAUUUCUACAUCCAGGCCACGAAACCGGAUACCCUUGGUCUUGCCCACCUCAAUUCUCCUGUUGGUCUAGCAGCCCACAUGAUGGAGAAAUUCUCAGCGGGAAUCGAUGAGAGGAACCGGGAUCUCAUAGACGGUGGUCUCGGCAGAAAAAUUCCCGUCGACCAUAUGCUUGCAAACGUCAUGGUAUACCACGCGUCACGAUCGGCCGUUUCAAGUCUACGGUUCUACAAAGAAAAUUUCCUGAGCCGAAACAUGCUCAGCUUGUUCAAAGUACCGAUCAAAGUUCCAACCGGAUACACCAUUUUCCCGGAUGAGAUAAGCUGUUUCCCUAGAUUCAUCGCGACUGAUCUGCUUCCCAAUCUGACAACACUUACUUAUCAAAGUAGUGGAGGACAUUUUGUAGCCAUGGAAGAACCGAAGGCUCUGGCAGAGGAUGUUAGGAAAUACGUACGGAAAGUGAUCGAUUUGUACCCUGAGCGGCGGUAG